UAUACUUCGCGAGCGCACCAGUCGCGCAUCAGCUAAAGAAAAGGGAUGCCGGCUCUAUAGGCAAACAGCUACUACCUUGACAGAGUAGUAGCCAGUACUUGGAAAAACAACCAGAGAAAAUUGUGAAAUGUUGAAUUUAGACCACUUGAAUACUUUCAACAUGAAUUUGGGAUAAGUUCACAGAACCUGUGGACAUAUUGUGGCGGUUGUUUCCUGCGUUUGAAGAAAAAUAAACACGUGGAUAACUCUCGGUUGCUAUAGCGGAUGAUGUCCCAAAAUGAACACAGAUUUACAGAAGCGACUCCAAGUUCCCCGACCAAAGAUCCGGAGUCACCUCACGAUCAAGGUGCAGUCCAAACUGAUGUCAAAGCCUUGUCCCUCUACCUGGGGUCCCAAACCUCCCACCGCUGCAAUGGCCAGACCCUCCUCAUCUGAGACAGAGGCAGAGGAAGAGCAAUGCCCCCCUCACGGUUUGAGCAAUGGAGACUUGACCUCCUCAGAGGGGGAACCUAAGGACCACCAGGAAGGGUCAGAGGACCCCAUACCCCACUCCACAGAUCACAACCAGGAGGAAGCAGCACCAGAGGAAAUCCUUAAUGACAAUGGCAUCACAGAUUAUGGUGAGAAGGAGAAUGAGCAGGAGGGGGAUGAGAUAGAGAGAGAGAACAAUGCAUCUGAAAUGGAAAACACUGGUUCGUCUGACACUCACAUUGCUGCAGAGGAGAUAGACUGUAAUGCAGCAGAUGACUUGAACCUACCUGAGAGUGACAAUGUGUUUCUGUGUGAGAGAGGAGAUGAGGAAAGGGGGGGAAUCAAAGCAGAGGAGGAAGAUAAUCAGAGUUUAGCUGAGGAGACUGAAACAUCUGAUAAACCUAUAGGGUACCCAGAAGAAGAUGUUGAAGAACCAGACACAGAAGAUCAUGAUCAUGGGACCACCCCUAGUCAGCCGGCUGCAGAUACUGACAUUGGGCUUGAAGAGGAAGUCAGCUCACCUGGUGGUGAAUAUUUAAAGUGUAAGGUACCCACUGAUGAGGCUGAAGGGGAAGCAGAGGAUCUCUUACUGGGAGCACACUGCUGUACACUCCCACCCGUCGGCGAGGAGUAUCCCUACGAUGUGAUUGGCCCCUCAGAUGAGCCUGUUUACACAUGUGACACUGGUGAGCCCGGUGACACAGGUGUGUGGCAGCCUGAGCGUGCCACCAAGGACCCCUCUGGCCAUUUCCGUUUCUCUGGCAGCACUGAGGAUGUGUUUGGGCCUUACUCCGUCAUCGAGGCAGUGCCUGCUGACAGGAUGAGCGCCGCCUACCCUGAGGUGAAUCACGAUGAUACAUUCUGUGGUGACAAACCACACACUGCAAAGGAGAUGGACACAGCAGGCACCUCUAACCAACAGCCUUAUUAUUUGUCAUCAGACGAUGUGGAAGAGCUAGAGGUUAAACGGAGAGAGAGUGAGGUCCAGGACACUCCUGAACAAUCCUCCCAACACAUAGAAACAGCGAUAGAGGAUGUGGAUGAAUACGCAGAUAUCGAUGACUCCCUCUGCCCUGAGGCACAUGACUUUCAGCAGCUGGACGGUGCCUCAUCAGAGGACUAUGUGGAGAUUGGGGACGAUGAUGAGACGGAUGACACGGAGAGGAAGCAGAUCAGAGGGAGGAGUGUGAGAGAGAGAACAGCCAAGCGUGAGCAGGCUUUCUCCAGCCAGCGGAACAGCUGCCAGCCCCGUCUCAGGCUGUGUAACAUCACAGUGCCAGCAGACCUGGACCGGACACGGACCCCAGAGCUCACCAACAGGGUGGUGUUCGCCCACACCACAGAGGCAUUCGAGGAGGACAUAGAGGAGCUAGACUGCCACAUCGUACCUUAUCAUGAUGACUCAGAGUCAGACAGCGAGGAGCACAUCUAUGAGGAGGCCGGCUUUGACUCUGAGGGGGAGAACUUUAUGUCUCUGGACCGGAAGAGCAUUGUGACGCGGUCGCGCUCCUACUCUGGGAAGGUUUCGGGUUAUGUCCCUGAGACAGUUCCUGAGGAGACAUCAGAGUACCAGAGUACUUAUGACUACUGUACUGUGGCCUUAGACCAGAACGGAGAACCUCUGCGACGUCCUGAGCAGCCGGAGGUCAACAGACUCAUCCCCUCUCUGAAGCCACGCCCCUUCUUACUAUACCCAAACUCAUACUCCGCAGAGGGUCGAGAACUGUCAUUGGGAGCUCACAUAGAGGCCGACCAAUCCCUGAAGGAUGAUGGCAGGAUGAAAAGGACAGAUGACACCCUCUCUCUGCCAUGUUUUAGCACUUCUUCCGGAAGCUUCUCUCAGCGGAGCCACCAGUCGUCCAGCGAUGUCUCCAUGCCAACCUCUCUGGUGGACAUCCCACCUCCCUUUGAGCUGGCUAUCAUCACCAAGAGACCGGUCACUAAGAGCUCCCCAUCCCUCCUGAUCAGCGUCUCUCCUGAGUCCACAGACAACAAGCCCAAGAAGAAGUCCUCAUUCAAGCGCUUCCUGACCCUGAAGUUCAAGAGGAAAACGGACACUAAAGGCUUUGGUGACGGGAGCAUACGCUCCUCACGCUCCUCCUCUGAGUCCAGCCACCAUGGCCCAACAAGACUCCUGGAACUGGAGCGCAGGAGCACUGGCUCCCCUCAGUCCCAGUCUCGUAUGGUGAAGCCCCAGCCGCGCCCUCCAGACCUUCCCUCCACCUUCCUGCUCUACAAAGACCUCAGGAAAGAAGACCCUAAAGCCUAUGGUAGCAGGGGCGUGUCCAGGGUGGAGUCCUUCGAGGAGCGCUCCCGCCGCCCCCUCAUGCCCCUCCCCCUGACCAAACCCCGCUCUAUCUCCUUCCCCAGUGCAGACACGUCUGAAUAUGAGAACAUCCCAGCUAUGAGCUCUGACUAUGAGAACAUCCAGAUCCGCCCUGGCGGGAGACCUACCAGAUCCAUGAAAGUCACAGAUUUCUUUGAGGACCCCAAACGCAUAGUGGCCCCCUCUAAUGACAACGAUGGUUAUGUGGAUAUGAACAGCUUCCCUGGGAUCGACAGCAAACCCCAGUCACCUGAGCAGGAGCCUGAGAGUGCCUACACAGAGCCUUUCCCAAUGAGCGAUACUCUAGCGGGGCUCUCAGCUGAAGAGGACCAUGGACUCACCUCAGAGGAGGAGGAGGGAGGAGUGGAGCACGGCUUUGACAAACAGAUUGAUGGACGAUCCAGAGCCUUCUACGUCGCCAAAGAGCUGGUGGACUCUGAGAGACUACAUGUAAAGGCCCUUAAGCUCCUUCAAGAGGACUUCAGGGCAGCAGUGUCGGAGGCGGUGGGGGAGGAUGGGGAACCUGUGGUGGAGGAACAGAGGCUGGGGGAGAUACUGGGCACACUCCCUGAGGUCUACAUACUCCACAGCAACAUCCUCACUGAGCUGGACUCACGCAUCAGACAAUGGGAGGAGAGCCAGAGGGUGGUGGAUGUGAUCCUGUCUCGACGGGAGGAGUUUGCUGGGUUUGCUACCUACAUCUCUGAGUAUGACCGGAGCAUGUCCCUACUGGCAGAGAGCUGCAAACUCAACCCUGCCUUCCAUGACAUCGUCAAGCAGUUUGAGAAGCAAGGUCCAGAUGGAGCUCAGGUCCAAUUGAAGCACCAGCUGCUGCAGGUCAUUGUGAGAGUCCUCCAGUACCGCAUGCUGCUCACAGAUUACUUAAACAACCUCUCCCCUGAUUCGAAAGAAUAUGAGGAUACACAAGCUGCCUUAGUCAUCGUUUCAGAGGUGGCAGACCAGGCUAAUGAAAACCUCAAGCAAGGGGAGAAUUUGUUGCGGCUGGUUCACAUUGAGUACAGUGUCAGAGGCAAGAGAGAUCUACUCAAGCCAGGAAGGAUGUUUGUGAAGGAAGGCACUCUAAUGAAAGUUUCCAGGAAAAGCAGACAGCCCAGACACCUAUUUCUGAUGAAUGAUGUGAUGCUGUACACCUAUCCUCAGCAGGAUGGUAAAUACCGGCUGAAGAACACUCUCUAUCUGUCUGGGAUGAAGGUCAGUAUACCCGUCAUAGACAACGUGCUCAAUGCCCUGAGGAUCGAGGUGAAUGACGUCAGCAUCACCCUGUCAGCCAGUUCCUGUGGUGAGAGGGAAGACUGGUUCCACACGCUGAGUCGGGCCAUAGCAGAUCAUGCUGCAGGCCUGUGUACUUUCGGUGGCCUCUGCAGUGAGGCACGUGAGAAGCUGUGGAUGGCCCUGGGGGAGGCAGCUCCAGUGCUGGUGCCUAUGACUCAUGUGAUGAUGUGUAUGAACUGUACCUCCGACUUCAGCAUGACCCUGAGACGCCACCACUGCAACGCCUGUGGGAAGGUGGUGUGUCGUGCCUGCUCCAGGAACAAGUGUCCUCUGAAGUACCUCAAAGAGAGGGUGGCCAAAGUGUGUGACCACUGCUACGCUGAGCUCAGGAAGAGAGGUGUCAGUAUCUCAGGGGCGUGUGGUAACUCCAGCCCCUGCACCCACCGGGCCAGUCGGCCCCUCUCAGCUGUGUUCCAGAGCUUCCAGCCCCCAAGCCUGUGGAGGAGCAGGAAGAGCACCUCUUCUCUCAACCAGGUGGUGUUGGGGGCUGAGGGCUCGGCCAUGAGUGGCAGCCUGCAGCGGCGUAAGAAGAGCAAGAGGAAGUGGAAGAGGCUGUGGUUCCUCCUCAAAGACAAGGUGCUCUACACCUUCACAGCACGUGAGGACAAGAUGGCAUCUGAGAUUCUGCCCCUGCAGAGUUUCACAGUGAAGCUGACAGAGAGGCCGGAGGGAGAGGAGAGCUCCAACAUGUUUCAGCUCUACCACAAGAAGACACUAUACUACACCUUUAGAGCAGACGAUCAGCACACUGCCCGCAGGUGGGUCAAUGCCAUGGAGGAGGCCACAGUGUUAUAACACCUGCCUGUCUGCACAGACCAACGCUGCCUGUGCAUCGCCUAUCGACCCACUCUCUCUUUCCUGGUGUCUUCUGCGCAAAACCAUCCUUGACAAGGCUGCCAUCUACAGGCAGCAGGGCAUACAUGCAGACUAUGUGUGGGGAAAACAUCCAAGAGUGAGCCUCUUUAAGGUGAAAAACCUCUCAGUCGAGUACAGUGUAUACUCAGACUGGGUCAGUUCCAAACUCGGUGCAGGACUUUGUUUGGGUCAGCAGUGGCGAACAGGACCCUGAAGAAGGACGAAACGUUGGUUGCUAGACCCAUUAAAUGUUUGGGAGCAUAAUUAAAGUGUUUGACUUUCUUUGAACACAAAUCUUCUGAGGAAAUACAUAGAGCCAGCUCAAACACACACAGGUCCCUGUGUCAAAAGACCACAACUGCAUGUCACAACAUGCCACAACUGUAAAACUCCUAGACAAUGUGUAUCAAAAUGUUUGAUUGACAGCCUUCAGUGCCAAUGCACAUUCACACACUUGUCUUUUCUGACGCUCUUUGUCUACUAUGAAUUGUACAUGGAACAACUUUGUAUGGGUUCUGUUUUGGAUAGUGCACACCACUGUACACACAAUACCAAAUCAAAAUGCUGCCCUCCCAUGGCAAAACGCAGUAACUACGUCAUUUUUUCUGAAAUGCAAUUUUUUUUUUUAUAUCGAGACAAGACUGCAAUUUCGGAUAUUCCAUGAUAUAUUCUGACCAACUGGCUUGUUCUUGUGUCAGGAAAAGAAAUAACACAUUAAUCAGAUAAUACACCUGGCCAUUAAAACCUGAUCAAAGAUUUUUGAUCAGAAUUCAUAGUUACUGCGUUUUGCAUUUGUCGGGCAGUAUUAACAACUUUGGUAUUGUAUGGAGACGUUUAUGUACUGUAAGAGACGCAUCGUAUUUCAAAUAUAGUGUAAUAUUCAAUUCACACAUUUUGAAGUGAGGUAUAAUAAGUAUUUGUACAGCAAUGUUAUUGUAUGAUGUUACAAGCGAAAGCCAUUUUAAUCAUCAUAUCUUGUCCAAUGUACUCUCUGUGAACAUACUUGUUUUACACCACAGGUGUGUAAUAACAAUGCCAGAAUGUGAAAUGUUACAGACCGUUUUAGUAUUAUUCAACAAAAGAUCAUCUUGAAGUAUAUUUCAUAGCUGAAUGUACAGUUUCUGAACCUUUUCUGAAAGGGUGGUUACGUUUUUGAAGUGCCAACCGUUUCCAUUUGAAUGCCAUGCCAUGUGUUUUGGAUAAACAAAUGUGCAUAUAUCAAAUGAUAGUCUUUAUGGGAACGGGUGAAAAGUAAAUGGUUUAACAAAUCAAUAAAUAUCAGUUUUAGCAUCAA